CGGGAAAUGUAGUCCGUGUGGCGUCAGCGCUCGGUGUGCGCCUGCGCGGCGCUGUCAGCGGGGGCAAGAUGGCGGCGGGCGGUGAGGGUGGCGGCGACGUGUUGUGUCUGUUCGAUGUGGACGGAACUCUGACCGACGCCCGGCAGAGGAUCAGGCCGCACACGGCGGAGUUCCUGCAGCGGCUGAGGGCGCGGGUGCGGGUCGGCAUUGUCAGCGGCUCCGAUGUGGACAAGAUCAAGGAGCAGCUGGGAGACGACGUUAUUUCAAAAGCCGACUAUGUAUUUGCUGAAAAUGGCUUAGUUGCAUAUAAAGCUGGACAUUUCUUGAAGAAACAGAGCAUCCAGGAGCAUAUGGGUGAGGAAGUGCUGCAGAACCUGAUCAACUAUUCUUUAAAUUAUAUGGCCAGGAUUAAGUUACCCAGAAAAAGGGGCACCUUUAUUGAAUUCCGUAAUGGAAUGCUGAACAUCAGUCCCAUCGGCAGGAGCUGCAGCCAAGAAGAACGGAUUGAAUUCUUUGAACUUGAUAAAGAAGAAAAGAUCAGAGAAAAGUUUGUGGCUGAUUUACGAAAAGAAUUUGCAGGGAAAGGACUUACGUUUUCUAUAGGUGGACAGAUCAGUUUCGACGUGUUUCCAGAUGGGUGGGAUAAGCGAUACUGUCUGGGAAUCCUCGAGGGUGAUAACUUGAAGGCCAUACACUUCUUUGGAGAUAAAACAUCACCAGGUGGAAACGAUUAUGAAAUUUACAGUGAUCCCCGGACCAUUGGUCAUUGUGUCACGUGCCCAGCGGACACACAGAGAAUUUGUGAGGAGCUGUUCUUCAACUCUGGGGCCAGUAUUCCAUCCUAAAUUUGUGAACAUUGGAAUUCCCAGCAUCAUGAAGAAAUAUACUUGAAUCGAGUCGACCAUCGCCAGCAAUGGCGACACUGUAUGUAGACAAUAAUCCCUCUUGUGACGGAACAAGACCUGACGGCCAGUAGCCAGUGUAUUUAUUAACGGUAAAGCAGAAUCUGACAUGGAUAUUAAACUGAUACUUUGACAGUUAGAAAUUCUAUAACUGGCACUAGUCGCAUAAUAUACACAAAAUGCUGGAGUAACUCAGUGGGACAGACAGGAAUAUGUUUCGGGUCGAGGCCUUUCUUCAGUCUGAAACGUCACCCAUUCCUUCCAUCCAGAGAUGAGUAAUUCCAGCAUUUUGUGUCUAUCGGCGAUAUAAACCAGCAUCUGCAGUUCCAUCCUACACACUACUUGUAUAACAUGGAUUAGGUUGGGAGCUGAUGUCAUAAGAUGCCAUUCCUUUAGACUUAUUUUCCAUAAAAUUAAUCAGCUAAAUUGCCAACUGGGAAGUUUGGACCAAGGUUGUUAGCGGGUAUAAAAACACUGGUACUUGUAUCUUCAUUGGGUGCUUUGUGCAGGUCACACAGAAGGAUGUUAUACUUUGUCAGAAACUCUACUGUAGCAGUUUUGAUUAUUGUUGACAAUUGGGUGAGAUUUCAAAUCAUUGUUGUUAUUAUGCAAAGGUUUAUUGUCAUGUGAUCAUUUUAAUGAAAGUAAAACAGCUCCUGGUGUUUACCCAGAGUUGGGAAAUCAAUAAGCAAAGGUAAUUAUUUUAAGGUGAGAGGGGAAAGAUUCAAUAGGAAUCUGAGGGUCAACUUAUUCCACACAGGGUAUAUGGGACGAGGAGUAGUUGAGGCAGCUACUAUAAAGACAUUUGGACAGGUACAUGGGCCAAAUGCAGGCAGGUGGGACUAGUUAAUGUAGAUGGGGCAUCUUGGUCAGCGUGGGGAAGUUGGGCUAAAGGGCCUGCUUCCAUGAUGUAUGACUCUAAAACUAUUUUCCAUUGUUUCAUAAUUGUUUAUUUGGGGGACUCCACAUAUACAGUUCAAAUCCUUUUUCAGGUAAUAAAUGAUAGUACACACUGCAUUAUAAACCAUGCUACCUCCAGCCAUGUGCCUGUGAAAUAGAGACAGCAACCCAAGGUAGUACCGACUGGUGUAUCCCCCAUAGUGGCAAAGCAAUUUUAACUGUUGGUUGCAGCCAUUCAAUACAACAAUGUAAAAACUUACCUUGAACAUGACAUUGAUUUCACUGGAAAAGGCCAGUCCUAAAUGCAGUCCUUAUGAAGUUUAAUAGGUCAGCAUCAUACAGCCGUUUCCUCCUGACUGAAUUAGGUAGGAGUGUAUAUAAUAGAUCAGUGUGCAAGAUUGAAUCUACAAACUGUGACGUGUAAUUUGGUGCAAUGAAAGACAUAUUUUUAAAUCAAUAAAUAAUUUAUCAGG